GUCUCUGCCCCUGACCCCUGACGACGACAAAGUUGAGGUUGGAGGUGGCGGCGGCGAAGGAGGAGGAGGAAGAACAGCACGGGCCAAAGCCGUUGCCAUGUGGACAGAGACGCCACCCUCUGUGUGUGUGUGGGGAGAGAGAGAGGGGGUGACGAGAGCCGAGCACUCGAGGUAAGGACAACUCAACGCAAUCGGCAAUGACAAACCACCGCGGUUUUGCCUCUAUUGGAUUGCCAGCAACAGUAGCCAGUCGUUUCAAGAAUGAGCCGCAUCCGCUUUGUCAACCCGCUGCUGGAUGAAGUUCUCGGUCCGGAGCGCUUUUGGUUGACCAUACUUCAGCACGCUGGUCAGUGCGGCCUCCUCCGUUGGUGGAUGGUUGGACAAGCGGAGAGUCAGGAUUGGCUUGGAUGUCCAUCACCGCAAACUGAUUGUUGGUCGGCGCAUGGUGUGGCAUUGUCCGUCCCUCCCGCCACAUCACAAUUCGUGCUCCGUGCCUGUGAGACCGACUCCGUCUCCAUGGAGGUGGAGGCCCCAGCUCCGCGUCGCCGGCCCUCAUCCCGCGUGACCCGCGGCGGGGGCAACCGCCCCCUGACUUUGGCCGCCACCGCUAGCGCUUCACGGACCGCAAACAAGGAGGACGAGAAGACGGCUUACUUGGCCAAGGUAGCGGCGCAGCAGGACGCUACCAGCUUCGUGGAGCGGCUGAGUCGCGGCGAGCAGCAGGAGCUACUGGCUGGCGUCGCGUGCGGGUGGCUGCCUGCCGGAGACGACACAAGGCCCAACAGGGAGGCUCCCGCGGGGAUCGUCAGCCAGAUGACCGGAAUUGGCGCCUCCACCGAGAUUCUGCAGCUGCUGUGGCCUCUGCGGAAGGACGGGCCGCCCCCGCUAGACGCGCGCGAGGUCCACCAGAUGGUACGAGAGCUCACGCUUGGCUUGUACGGCCUCAAUCAGGCACCCGGCGUGAGCAUGGAGCCCGCGAUCGACAGGAGCACGGUGUGCCAGUUGCCGCCCGCAUACGUCCACACGAGGGUGGGUCAGGUGCUCGCCGAGGUGGACUACACGCUCAAGGCGCUGUGGCACGGGGCGCACAUGGGCCGCGAGAAGCGGGUGCGGUUUGGGGAGUACUGGCGCGCGGGCCUGGAGCUGGACAGCAUGCGGCGCACGCAGGAGGAUAAGGAUAUCCUGCAAGACUUCACCUCGGCCGGGAUGAUCGACGUGGCCAAAGACCCGGACUGGGCCGGGAUCUAUGAGGACGACGGCGUGGCUGACCCCUCGUACGAGGUCAACAGCGCCGACGAGCGCCUCCUCUUCACGGAGCACUCGGAGGGUGCGUGGCUGGGCCUGGUUGUGGCGGUGGCCUCAGUCGCUCAGCACCAUGGCCUUUUUGUGUGCGAGCCCCGCUGGGACGUGGACGGGGGCCUCCGUCCCAGCGACGAGCAGGCGGAGCCGCCUCCCCGGAUCCGGCGCCGGCUGCAGCGGCGGCUGGCCACGCACCGGCGCUUGAUGCGCGCACACUUGCCACGCAAGGCCGAGACGCGAACGCUGCUCGAUCAGCUAGGCCUCGUGGCGUGCCUAACGCCCAUCCUGCUGGCGCUCAAGCGGCGGAUGAAGGUGCCCAACCUGGGUCGGUUGCUGCCGCCGCUCACCGAGGAGAAACUCAAGACGGAGUCAGAGUUCCCACCGCUGGUCCUGGGCCCCGACUUUGCGUGCCGCCACUUUUUGUACGAGGAGCAGAGCUACUUUCACCUGCACGGUUCCGUGCAGCUCGAUCUCAGCACGCCACCCCUCGGCAACAUCGACCCAGACAUCGCGGGCCGAUAUGCGGAGAUCCAGCACUCGGGGAGUUCUCAUCUCCUCCAGAUGCUGGACCCAGACGCUCCCUACAGGGAGAGCCACCCCUUUCCCACCAUCGUCGUGGGGGAUGAAACGUACCAGGUGAUCUCGGUGCCACUGGAGCCCUUCUCUCCACACAUGGGGCGGCCGUGGUGGUGCGGGGCGUUGCGCCAGCUGGUCGACUCGCUCCGCCUGCGCCGCCUCCCGCUCAGCGACGUCAUCAUCCAUGAGCAGUUCAAGCAGCGGUUUGGAUACCGCAGAGCCAUCCGCUACAAGAGCGUGCCGGUGGGCCUCCGGGCGGCAACCCAGGGUGGCCUGGUGGCGGCUUUCCUGUCCCUGAGCCGCCGGGAGGUCGCGUCCCGACUGGGCACGCUGGACGAGCGGGGCCUCGCGCUGGUGCACCACGCCGCCAUGCACAACCGCCCGCCGAUGCUCAGCCUGCUCGCCAACGCCGGCGCCGACCUGCAAGCACCGAGCCGCUCAGAGGGGCCCGACCCACGCCUCAACGGUCCCGCUCCCAUCCAUCUGGCGGCGCAGCACGGCUCGCUGGAGGCAUUGGGCUGCCUGCUCGCGCUGCGUGUCGACCCGGCGCUGGCGGAGGGGCACGGCUGGACCGCGGCACACUUUGCGGCGGCACACGAUCACGAGCCGGUGAUCCGCGCGCUCCACCACCACGACCCCGCGCUGCUCACGGCGCGUGCCACCACCCCUCCCCGAUCGACGCCGGUGCUGGUGGCGGCGGCGCAUGGCUCGCUGGACACCCUGCGCUGCCUCCUCGCGCUGGGCGCGGAAGCCACGGGUGCCGAUGACUGCGGGAAAACGGCGGCACACGUGGCCGUCGCCGGCCUGCACACGGACGUGCUGCAGCACCUGGCUCGACUCCAGCUGCCCGAGCUGCCAGUGUGGGCCCUGCUCGUCGGGAUGUUGGGCGAUGAAAAUAUCGAGAAGGUUGAGAUGACUGCACGGUGCCUGGAGGUGCUGUGUGUCUCGCGGGACAGAUACGAGCAUAGGACGGACAACUGGAGACACCUGCUGGAAGCAGGCGGUAUGCCCGAGCUGGUUCGGCUGCUGGACAGUGAGAGCGAGACGGUGACGUGCCUGGCGGCGUCGGUCAUCUGCAACGUGUCCGACCACGGGGAGGCAUGCGAUGCGGCCGUGGCGGCCGGCGCCAUCCCCGUGCUGGUGCGGCUGCUGGGCUCGACGGCGCGUGGGGAGCUGCAGUCGCGCUGCGCCGUCGUGCUGGGCGACGCGGCCGCCCUGGGCCACCGCGACGCCAUCGCCCGGGAGAAAGGGAUCGCGGCACUGGUGCGACUGACCCAGCGAUGCAGCCUCGAGGGCGUGCUCGUGAACGUCGUGGACACCGUGCGCGUCAUGUGCGACGGCGACCCGUCAUGCCAGGUGGCCGUGGUGCGCGAGGGUGGCAUUGGUCCUCUCGUCGAGUUCCUCGGACUCGACUCAGACAGCCUGCAGGCCGCUGCAGCACUGGCCCUGGCGACCGUCACGAGGGCCCACGAAGGGAACCAGGCGGCGGCGGCGGCCGGGGGCGCGCUGGCGGCGCUGGCGCGGCUCGUGUGUAGCCGGCGCACGGAGGAGCAGGUGAGAGCGGCGGUGGCGCUCCAGGCGCUGUGCGACGGCAACCCCGGCAUCCAGCGUGACUUCUUGGCACUGUCCGUCACCCAACCCCUGCUGCGUCUUCUCAAGGUGUUCCAGCUGGAGGUGCGGGAGCAUGGGGCGCUGGCGCUGUGGGCGCUGGCGGGCGGAACCCAGCACCAGCAGGCGGCCGUGGUGCUGCAGGUUGGCCUGCGUCUCAUCAUCGACAUGCUGCUCGCAUCCUCCGACAAGCUGCAGUUUGUCGGUUGCCACGCGAUGGCAGCGAUGGCUCGGGAGGGCCGCGCCCACCAGGAGCAGAUCUGCCGUGAAGACGGCGUCGCCCCGCUGGUGCGGCUGCUGCGAACCCCGCGCACCACCGAGCGGACGCUGCUAGCUACCGUCUCCGCGCUCGGGGCGCUCUGCGUGGGUGUGGCCCAUGUGAACACGCGGCUCAGCCAGAACAAGGUGGAGGAGGAGCAGGCCAUUCCCGAGCUGCUGCGGCUCCUGUCAACUCACGCCAACCCCAACAUCAAGGUGGAGGCGGCGUGCACGCUGGCCUACGUCCUGCUGAAGAACCACGAGGUCCAGGAGAAGAUGAUGGAGAAGGAUGGCUUCAACUACGACGUGAUCCUGGAGCUCCUGGAGCAUCCGGACAGGGCGGUCCGGCUGCGUGCGGGCUACGCCCUCGCCGUCUUCGCCUACAAUAACCGGGAGCAGCAGGCGACCUUGGCGCAAGCGGGGCGCAUAGCCGUCAGCGACCUCCUGCCCUUCCUAGAGUCGGAGAACGAGCACGAGCAGGCGCAAGCCGCCUUCCAGAUGGUGGUGCUGUCCGGAGUGUUCCGGGAUGGCGAACAAGUUCCGCUCACGGCGCAGGGCCUCUCCGUGCUGGUGGGACUCCUCAGCUCCAGCAACCUGGAUUCCAUCGUCUUGGCUAGUGAGCUCCUUGCCAGUCUGGCACACACGAGGGCCGGCCUUCCCAUUGCCAUGGUGACUCUGGGGGCCAUGGAGAUGCUCACCGAGCACCUCUUCUCCUCCGCCGACACGGUUCGUGAGGCAGCGGCGGUGGCAUUGGGCUACCUGAGCUUCAACCGCGAGGCUCACCGCAUGCUACUGGUCUCCUGCCGCUGCCGGCCCGGCCUCUACAGGCAGCUCAUGUCCAGCCUGGGCCCCGAUGCACGCAUCAGCCCAGACUUCAUGGCUGACUUCGAGCGGCAACAGCUCAUCGGCCUGCCGGCGCUCAGCUUGGAGAUAUACGGUGGCCCCAAAGUCAUCCCCAACAAUCAUAAAGGCCGAGCCAAAACCGCCGUGGGCCCCCGAUACAAGGCCGAUGGUUCACCGGAACGGAGAACUCCUCGGGCAAUCUCAGCGCCGGCCAAGCUGGCCCUGCAGCCCUCGAGGGGCACUUCUCUCCGCGCCAAGUCAGCGGCGCCUCGGGCCCACCCAGCGUCCGCAGCGCUCGGCGGCAGAAACAUGCGACCCCUGUCCCGGCUGAGCCAAAUUUGAGGCCGCCCGAGAGGUGCAGGAGUGGCAGAGUUGUUUUUGACACACGGUUAUCCAUGUCCACACUGAGACACGAUACAUGUCAUGCUUGCUCUAAAAUGUGGCCGCCACUCCCCCUGAUGUCCUGUCCACUUCAGCAAUCAAGGCCUUCUGUUUAAGCCUCCAGUCAACCUUCACUUAAUGGGAGGUUUCUCAUUCUCCCCUACAGCACCGACAGUCUUUAACUACCCCAGCCAUCCGUGCUGUUGACUCCCUGCCGAUACUCAAGUCCUUCCUUUUUUCCCCUCUAUAAGUGCUUCUAAUUACGUGCCCACUGUAUCUGUACAGAUAUGCGGUUGCAAUUUAGAUGCCAUAUGAAUCAAAAUUGCAUUGUUUCUAUACAGUUGUGAUAAUAAUAAUGGGAUGGGUCUGGUCAGGUGGUGCUAUGGUUAGAGAAACUGACUCACCAUGAGGUUGCAAAUUCAAAAUCCAGUCAAGGUGCAGGGAGAGAAAAUCAAGUACCACUUUGUGGGAAUUCAAACGUUAUUCACAAAUAACCAUCAUCAAAGGAACAGUGCCUCGCGGUUGUAGAUGGACGUGAGCAGUGUUCAUUUGCUAGAUGAUGCAGGAAAAUCCUUUUGACUUGACUUUGUUACUUGGGUGCUGUGUGAACUACAUGUAUUGCAAUUAAAAAGGCAGUACCAGAUUUUGAUCAGCAGAUGGCGACACGAUGUUGGUUUGCGUGCGUGAGCGGCGAGACACUCGGGUGCGCGGGAUGUCAAAAGCUACGAUGGAUUUCUGAUGCGGUAAUAAAGGGUAUACAGGGAUACCUUUAA